GAGACGUGAGAGAGAGCGUGAUUCCAGGUCUCUCUCGGCUGCUCUCUCCACUUUGGGUACUCGUACCCAAUCGGACUCAAUGGGGCUCUAGCACUAAGGGGUUAAAAUUUAAAAUAAAGAUAUUCACCCCAAACCCCUCUUCAGUGUUUUAGGUUUUGUGCAUUAACUAGUGAAUCAUUAAGAAAGGUCUCCGGGAGAGAGGUAAAGCGUCUCUUGAGGCGUGCCUUUUUCUCUCGCCUCACAGAAGGUUCAGUCGGGUUCCCGUCGUCGGCUGGCUUUCUGUGACAGGAUAACUUCCCUCCAAAACCUACAUUUACAGCUCAACCAGGCCGGCAAACGUCUGCAACACUAUGGAUAUUCGAGAUUGUCCUUUCCGGAAGAAACGGAGACCAUGGCGCUUGAACUUCUCAUCCUUCGCCCUGGUAAUCGUGGUGCUCACCGUAUGCCAAACGACCCUGGUUUCGGCAGACCCAGUGGAUGUGCUGCGGGCCCUGCAGGUUCCCUCUCUCCCCGAGGGUGUGAAGAAAGUUCCUGGCUUCUGCACCUCCCGUCGCUCCAGCAGCCCCGAUCACGCUUACCGCAUCACCAAGAAGGCCCAGAUCUCCGCCCCCACCAAGCAGCUCUUCUCAGGUCGUUUCCCGGAGAACUUCUCCAUCAUGGCUCUGGUCAAGGCCCAGGCUGGCCUCCAGGCCUUCCUGCUCUCCAUCUACAGCGAGCAAGGCAUCCAGCAGCUGGGCGUUGAGCUGGGACGCUCUCCAGUGUUUCUGUACGAGGACCAUAACGGCAAGCCGGCCCCGGAGGACUACCCACUCUUCAGAGGCGUCAACCUGGCUGAUGGCAAGUGGCAUCGCAUUGCUUUCUCCGUUUCCAAGAAGAACGUGACGCUGCUGCUGGACUGCAAGAAGAAGAUGACCCGUCCUUUGCCCCGUGGCAACAACGCAGAAGUCGAUACCAACGGCAUCACGGUGUUCGGAGCCCGCCUGCUUGAUGAAGAGGUUUUCCAGGGAGACAUCCAGCAGCUGCUUAUUGCCUCCAAUGCCCAGGCUGCUUAUGACUUCUGUGAACACUACAGCCCCGACUGUGACUCCCCGCUGCCCAAGACCCAGGCUCAGGACCCCAACACAUACAAGAAGGAAACCAAUGGAAAGGCAGCCCCUACUAAGUCCCCCACUGUAAAAGCCAAACCUACUCCAGCCAAACCAGCCAAGAAUAGUUCACACAAACUUGUUGUCAAGCCACCAAUGCCCACCAAAGCUCCUAAGACUUCUCCAGUCAAGCCCGCCAAAGCAAAGCCCACAGUAUUACAGACCCUUUUAUCUAAAAUCAAACCAACAGCAGCAGCCAAAUCUAAGCCCACAGCUGCCCCAGCUAAGAAUGGCAAUGGUAAACCACCUGUUGUGAAGAAAGCUAACGGUGCAGCUAAAGUCAACGUCAAUGUCAAUGGAAAGGCUUCUGCAGAAAAAUCCAAUGGCAAAGUUGCAGCUGAGGCCAAACCUACUGCUCAAGCUAAAGUGAAUGGAAAUGGAAAAGUUGCUGCUGAAGCCAAACCUACUGUUCAGGCUAAAGCGAAUGGAAAUGAAAAAGUUACAGCUGAGGCUAAACCUACCACUCAGGCUAAAGUUAAUGGAAAUGGCAAAGCUGCAGCUGAAGCCAAACCUACCGCUCAAGCUAAAGUGAAUGGCAAUGCCAAGGUUGUAGUUGAAAAGAAAGUCAACGGGAAUGGAAAUUCAAAAGCAUCAGCUGAAAAGAAAGUCAAUGGAAAUGGGAAAGCCACUGUUGCAUCCAAGACUAAUGGAAAUGGUAAAACUACAGUGGAGAAGAAAGUCAGUGGAAACAGCAAAACUACCAUUGAGGUGAAAGAAGUUAAAGUUAACGGCAAAGCUGAGAAUAAAGUCAAUGGUGAGGCCAAGGCAAACGGCAACAGCAAAGUUACCACUGUGGUAGAAAAAAAGAUUGUUAUUAACGGUGCUGCGAGUCAGGCAAAAACUGAAACCACUACAAAAACGAAGACUGAGAAAGUUGUUAAAGUUGAGAAGACUGUCAUCAGCGCAACUAAAUCAGCUGCCAAAGUAGAAGCUACCAAGGCACCCAAACCAACAAAGGCAUCGAAACCAGAACCAACCAAACUGGCAAAAGCUGUGGCCACCAAAGCUCCCGCAGGCAAAACCCAACAGAAAGCAGAGGCCAAAGAGGUGGCCAAAGCUAAAACUGUAAUCACCAAAGUUCCUCUGGUCAAAUCAACGGCGUCAACCAGCGUCGUGAAGAGUGUGGUCAAAAAGCUUCCCAUCCCGACGAAAGUAGCCCCAACUCCCGCCCCAGUUCGGCCAACUCCCCCCAAACCCACGAAAUCCAAGGUGGUGGAGGACAAUAAUGUGAAAUCCCUGCACAAACCUUUCCCGCCGUUCGGCAAGACUGUGCUGAGUGGAACCGCAGUCACAACGAAGAAAGUUACCAACGGUUAUCAACAGGAUGUAGACACAGAGUAUUCUGAAGCUGGCCACACCCCUACAGAGACUGAUUAUUACUAUGAGGAGACGGUCCCACUGCCAGAGGGUGAGGUGAUUGGACACCAAGAGAUCCCGGUACAGCCUGAGGUGGAGCCAGUGCUGGUGGGAGAAGAGGUAGAUGCCACCAAGGCAGGCGGUGCGGGCGAGGAGGUCUUCACUGAGGAGUAUGUGACUGGGGACGUGGGCCUUAAGGAAUACGACUAUUCCUACAGGGACUACAAUGAUCCACUACCGGAGACUGGAGAGCUUGAUGCCAAUAUGGGCCCCGCCCUGUCCGCUGUGACAGACGAGGGAGGCGCUGCCGUUAGAGGCCAAAAGGGAGAGAAAGGUGAACCAGCUGUCCUGGAGCCUGGUAUGCUAAUUGAAGGACCUCCAGGACCUGAGGGGCCUGCUGGCCCAGCUGGACCACCGGGUCCUUCUGGACCUCCUGGCUCUGUUGGUGAUCCUGGAGAGAGGGGUCCUCCUGGUAAGGCUGGUCUGCCUGGAGCCGACGGAGUCCCUGGACCUCCUGGAACCUCAGUCAUGCUGCCUUUCCGCUUUGGUCAGAGCGGAGGAGAUAAAGGUCCAGCUGUUUCUGCUCAGGAAGCCCAGGCAGCGGCCAUCUUGUCUCAGGCCAGGAUGGCUCUGAAAGGCCCUCCUGGACCGAUGGGGUUCACCGGGCGCCCGGGGCCUCUGGGAAAUCCAGGAAGUUCUGGUUUGAAAGGAGAGUCUGGAGACCCUGGUCCUCAGGGUCCCAGGGGUCCUCACGGUAUAAUGGGACCUCCAGGCAAAGCAGGAAGAAGAGGUCGUGCUGGAGCUGACGGUGCCCGGGGAAUGCCAGGAGAGCCAGGAUCAAAGGGUGAUCGUGGUUUUGAUGGACUUCCCGGUUUACCUGGAGACAAGGGGCACAGGGGUGACACUGGGCCAAUGGGAACACCGGGAAGCCAAGGAGAGGAUGGAGAGAGGGGAGACGACGGAGACGUCGGACCCAGAGGUCUCCCAGGUGAACCAGGACCUCGUGGUUUGCUUGGACCCAAAGGUCCUCCAGGAAUCCCCGGACCUCCGGGAGUGCGAGGAAACGACGGCCCCUCCGGUCCCAAAGGGAACUUGGGUCCACAAGGUGAGCCAGGACCCCCGGGUCAGCAGGGAACUCCAGGAACUCAGGGAAUGCCAGGACCUCAGGGAGCCAUCGGACCCCCAGGAGAGAAAGGUCCCUCUGGGAAACCGGGUCUGCCAGGCAUGCCCGGAGCCGACGGUCCUCCUGGUCACCCCGGAAAGGAGGGGCCUCCUGGUACCAAAGGAAACCAUGGUCCCAACGGUCCCCAGGGAGCGAUCGGCUAUCCCGGCCCUCGUGGUAUUAAGGGAGCUCAAGGAAUCCGUGGACUGAAGGGCCACAAAGGAGAGAAGGGAGAAGAUGGUUUCCCAGGAAUUAAGGGAGACUUUGGUGUCAAAGGAGAGAGGGGUGAGAUUGGAGUGCCAGGACCCAGAGGAGAGGACGGUCCAGAGGGGCCAAAGGGUCGCGUCGGCCCCCCUGGUGAGCUCGGACCAAUCGGACUUGUUGGAGAGAAGGGUAAACUUGGUGUACCGGGACUUCCUGGAUAUCCUGGAAGACAAGGUCCGAAGGGAUCUCUCGGAUUCCCAGGAUUCCCUGGUUCAAACGGCGAGAAGGGAACCAGAGGUAUCAGUGGUAAAGCUGGACCAAGAGGACAGAGAGGACCAACGGGUCCGAGAGGACAGAGAGGACCGAGAGGCGCAACUGGGAAACCAGGAGCAAAGGGAACGUCAGGAAGUGACGGUCCUCCAGGCCCACCGGGAGAGAGGGGACUGCCCGGGCCUCAGGGAGCCAACGGUUUCCCCGGACCGAAGGGGCCGCCUGGACCGCCAGGAAAGGACGGGCUGCCGGGACACCCCGGACAGAGAGGAGAAGUCGGUUUCCAAGGUAAAAUGGGCCCCCCGGGGCCUCCUGGAGUCGUCGGCCCUCAGGGUCCGUCCGGUGAGACCGGCCCCAUGGGGGAGCGCGGGCACCCCGGGCCCCCAGGACCGCCCGGAGAGCAGGGGCUCUCAGGCCCCUCUGGGAAGGAGGGUACCAAAGGAGACCCUGGACCCCCUGGAGGUCCCGGUAAAGACGGCCCCCCAGGACUGAGAGGCUUCCCUGGUGAACGAGGACUGCCUGGAACUCCGGGCGGUGGGGGGCUGAAGGGCAGCGAGGGACCAGCUGGACCUCCUGGACCUGCUGGGUCUCCUGGCGAGCGGGGCCAAGCCGGCACCGCCGGACCCGUCGGACCUCCCGGCAGACCGGGCCCUCAGGGCCCUCCGGGACCAGCUGGAGAGAAAGGAGUUCCUGGGGAGAAAGGUCCGAUUGGCCCUGCGGGGCGGGAUGGAGUGCAGGGUCCAGUGGGUCUGCCGGGCCCUGCCGGAACACCCGGAGUCCCAGGAGAGGAUGGAGAUAAGGGCGAGGUCGGAGAGCACGGUCAGAAGGGAGCCAAGGGCGCUAAAGGAGAACAUGGUCCUCCUGGUCCUCCUGGACCCAUGGGUCCUGUCGGGCAGCCCGGUCCUGCUGGCGCUGAUGGAGAGCUGGGUCCCAGGGGGCAGCAGGGGCCGUUUGGAGCCAAAGGAGACGAAGGAUCCCGAGGAUUCCCCGGAGCGCCAGGACCCAUCGGACUGCAGGGUCUGCCCGGUCCGGCUGGAGAGAAGGGAGAGAUGGGAGACGUCGGACCUCUGGGACCACCGGGACCCCCGGGACCCCGAGGACCUGCUGGACCCAACGGAGCCGACGGCCCUCAAGGUCCUCCCGGUGGUUUGGGUAACCCUGGACCCCUAGGAGAGAAGGGCGAGCCGGGGGAGGCCGGGCCGCCGGGGAUUGUGGGAGAGCCCGGGAAGAAGGGCCCUCGAGGAGAGCGUGGAGAGAAAGGCGAGGCGGGUCAGCCCGGACCCGGCGGGACGGUGGGAGGACGGGGACGGCCCGGAGACGACGGGCCCAAAGGAAACCCAGGUCCGGUGGGCUUCCCGGGUGAUCCUGGCCCCCCCGGAGAGCUCGGACCCAGAGGUCAAGACGGCGCCAAGGGAGAGCGAGGGGAGGACGGUGAAGCGGGAGAGUCUGGCUCCCCAGGACCUCCUGGAGAGAACGGACCACCCGGCCCACCAGGAAAGAGAGGUCCUGCUGGAACCAGAGGACCGGAGGGCCGUCAGGGGGAGAAGGGAACCAAGGGAGAUCCAGGAGCCGUCGGCCCCCCAGGAAAGACGGGCCCCGUGGGCCCCCAGGGUCAGCCAGGAAAGCCAGGAACAGAGGGUCUGAGAGGGCUGCCGGGAUCAGUGGGGGAGCAAGGAUCCCCGGGACCUGCUGGUCAGAGAGGACCGCCUGGACCUCUGGGGCCUCCUGGUCUGCUGGGUCUGCGAGGAGACCCCGGCGCUAAGGGAGAGAAGGGUCACCCGGGUCUCAUCGGACUGAUCGGACCUCCAGGAGAGCAGGGAGAGAAGGGAGACCGGGGUCUGCCCGGACCGCAGGGAUCCACCGGAUCUAAAGGAGAGAAUGGGAUGCCAGGAGGAACCGGACCUCUGGGCCCUGCUGGGCCUCCCGGUCUGCCUGGUCCUCAAGGUCUGAAAGGCGCUAAAGGAGCCAGUGGAGGAGCGGGUCCAAAGGGAGAGAAAGGUGUGCAGGGACCUCCUGGACCUCCUGGCCCGGCGGGCGAGGUCAUCCAACCGCUGCCCAUCCAGAGGAGCCCCAAGUCCAAGCGCUCCAUCGACGCCAGCCAGCUGCUGCCCGAGUCCGACGGCGACACGCCCGCCGCCGACGCCGCCGGCGCCGAGUUCCUGAUGGGCAGCGAGGGCAUGGAGGAGAUCUUCGGCUCGCUCAACUCGCUCCGGCAGGAGAUCGAGACCAUGCGCUUCCCUCUGGGCACCCAGGACAGCCCAGCCCGCACCUGCCAGGACCUGCACCUCAGCCAGCCCGACCUCAAGGACGGAGAGUACUGGAUCGACCCCAACCAGGGCUGCUCCAGAGACUCCUUCAAGGUCUUCUGUAAUUUCACCAACGGAGAAACGUGCCUGUAUCCCAGCAAGACCAUCGACACGGUGAAGAUGAGCUCCUGGGACAAAGAGACUCCGGGAUCCUGGUUCAGUCAGUUCUCCACUGGGAGUAAGUUCUCCUACGUGGACUCUAACGGCGAGCCGGUGGGCGUGGUCCAGCUGGGCUUCCUGCGCCUGCUGAGCGUCCAGGCCCGCCAGAACCUCACCUACCACUGCCACCGCUCCGUGGCCUGGGCCGACCGAAGCGCCAAGAAUAACUACAACCGGGCGCUGCACCUCCAGGGCGCCAACGACGAGGAGCUGAGCUACGAGACCAACCCUUACAUCAAGGCCCUGGUGGACGGCUGCUCUUACCGUAAGGGCUUUGACAGGACAGUGCUGGAGGUCAACACGCCGCAGGUGGAGCAUCUUCCUCUGCUGGACAUCAAGGUGUCAGACUUUGGGGAGAGCAACCAGCAGUUUGGCUUUGAAGUGGGACCUGUCUGUUUCCAAGGCUAAAAACACACACACAUGCAUACACACACACAGACACACACACGUACAUGCAGAGAACAACACAUGCAAAUACUGACACACACACAUACACAUGCACUUAGAGACACAUUUAUAUAUGAUAAACAUACACACCCAGUAAUUUGUAAAUUAACUUGUAAAUGAUAUAAAAUACACACACAUGCAUUCACACACACACACACACACACACACACAUAUGCAGAUGCUGUUGUGAGACAAACACACUCAAGUACGUGCCUGGGAAAAACAACUUCCUCCCAACGUUUAACGGACAUCACAAAAGGCAAAGAGGAGAGAGAUUUUGAGAAAAGCGAGUGAAAGCUGGCGGAGAGGAGGCGUCGCCCGGCGGCUCGACGGCGAGAGAGAGAGGAGACGCGCAGGAGAGAGAGAGAGAGAGCGCGUUCUCCAGGGAAAAAUCAGUGUUUCUUUACCAGCAGCAGGAAAAGGCCGUCCUGAGAGAGCGUGGAGGCCGCCGCCCCCCUCCCCCCUCUCACUCCUCUCUCCUCCCCGCUGUCGUCUCACCUGCUCUACCUCCCCCCCCCCUCCUCCUCCUCCUCCUCCUCCUCUUCCUCCUCCUCCCAGCCGAAGGGUCGCGCUCGGAUCACCCCCCCCAUGCUUUAACCCCGCCUGAUCGACGAGAAACUCCUGUGUAGCCGUCCUCCUGUCCCACGUGCCUCUGCUCUUUGGCGUCUUGUUGGCCGUUUCCUUCCUCCACAUGUCGCUGAGUUUCGGCUUCCUCGCCUCUGUACGGUUUUGUAAAUUAUCUGAUCGUCUAGUUUUUUGAAGAUCUGAAUAUGAACAGUCUCAGAAUGAACCAAAGAUUUAGUUCCAGCAGUGAGAACAGGAAACUCACAGCAGGGUACCUAACGCGUCACUCGUCUUAUUUAUCAUCUUGUCUUUUCCACCACUUCGCAGUUGGAAUAAAACUGUCUGAAAAUGUGAUUCACUGAUGAUAAAAAAAAACGAGCAUUCUGGGGUUUUGAUGGAGUCCGGUGUGAAGCAGGAUCACUGACCUCUGAACCUCCACCCUGAGAGCGGAACGCACCGUUUGAGUUGUUGCAUGCAGACGGGCGCGGCCGAGUGUCGACGCCCAGACCAGUGAAAUUAAAGCCAUUUUUUUAUAAGCUGUGCUGAGCGUGACGCUUCUGUACUCGCAUGUCGCUGGAGACCAGGGGUCGCGACCUCACAUCCAUCAGUCCAGUAUUUGCUGAGUCACUUUAUGGGUACUUCGAUCACCUGUUUCCCCUUCCAGAACACGUUUUCUGAUUCAGCGUCCGAGCACAGAAUAUCAUCAGGGAUCCCAUCAUGUGUUCAAGACAUUCAAAGCUCCUUCCUUUUUUUUUUUUUCCAGCAGCGGUGAAUAAAAUGCAUGCUUUAUUGAAAUAAACUGCGUGGCAAGGUGCUAAUUAUACAAAAAAAAAAGCAUAAAAGUUUGAAUAUUCACUCUGAGUCAUCCAUUUUUUAGUCUCUUCUACACUUUGAUGAAGCUUUUUACUGGGGAGGAUGUGCGUUACAUUCCAUUUGUACAGAAAUAGUGAUAUUCUAUUGUAUUUAUUUAAAUCAAACAGGGUGCUUCGAGAGAAAGAAACCAAGAACCAGCAGACGCGUCGGGCAAAUGUGGUGUAUUUCGUUUGUAUUUAUUUCCUGCAGCUGACGCGCGACGAGUGGAGAGAAGCGAGUUGUCUGAAACUCACUGCCGGCUUCUGUUCACAAACCAUCCAGUCUCCUUUUGUACCAUCUCAAACCGUCUGUGGCCAUAUUUUAUUGUAACAUCCACCUUUUAGUGUUUUCAUCAACUGUACUGUGCUGUUAAAAUUUUUUUUUUUUGCUUCCACUGUAAUAAUUAUUAAAUGGUGACUCUCCA